AACAUAGUAGUGCGGAUAACUUUUCAUUCAUAGAAUUUUUAUUAAUUUGCUCAUCGGUGGAAGUCUAGUUAUUUCAUUUACUUACCGCAACUGUUUUUGUUUCGCAUCGUUCAAAACAAUCUCGCGCUCAGUGCUAAAAAUGUGAAAUUUGUUGUGCGUGUGUGUUUUUCGCUUGGGAAUUGUGUGACGCGGCCAUAUUUAAAACAAAAAUUUUGUGCUGAAUGCUGUGCUCAGGCAAGGGGAGGACACAAAACUUAUAUAAAUACUGCUUAGUCUGAUUUGCAACUAUGAUGGACCGCAAGAAGGUUCUGGAAUUGGAUAAAAUCUGUCGCGUUUGCAUAUCGGAGCGUAAGGAAAUGCGACCAUUGUUUAGCGAAAAGGUGCCUGAAAUGCUAAUGGACUGCACCAGUGUGGUCGUGGAGCGCACCGAGGGCUGGCCAGACAAGAUCUGUGUGCAAUGCGUGCACGCUGUCAGUCGGAAUCAUGCAUUCAAAACGCUUGUCGAACGCAGCGACAAGGAGCUGCGAGAGUAUAUCAAAAGCAUAACGGUGCUGGAUGAAAUAUUGUCGCCGCAGGAGCGUAAGCAGCAAAAGUUUCUGCAAAAGCAGUUGAAACAUGAGCAAGAGCUAGAGGAGCAACAACAGAAGCUAGAGCAACAAUUGCUGCAACAACAACAGCAGUUGGAGCAGCAACAGCAACAACAACAACAGCAGCAACAAAUAUAUCUGCUGCAGCAGCCACAACAACAGCAACAGCCACAGCAAAAGCCGUUGCAGAGCAAGGCGAAGUCAAAGCCUGCGCUGCGCAAGGGAGCGCGUCAAACCAAAAAACACCAACUAGAGUCCACACAGCUUAUGGCUGAACCAGCUCCAGUUCCAGCACAGCCACAUCAAAUGCUAGUAAACCAACAACAACAGCAGCAGCAGCAGCAGCAGCAGCAACAUCAACAACAACAGCAAUUACAACAAAUACAGUUGCCCACAUUGCAGCCAGCGCCAACGCAACUGUUGCCCACAAGCACAGCUCAGCAGCUGCUGCUACCCAAUGGCCAGUUUAUAACGACACAGAUAGUGACGCCGCAGCUGGCGCAGAUUAUUAGCACCGGACCACAGAAUACAACAGGGAACACGCAGGCUCAGCAGUACUUGCCGCAAUUGUUGCCGCAUGGCCAAACGCUGCAGCUAGUGCAGCAGCCAAACGGCACACAAACGUUGCAACUAGUGCAGCUGAUGCCACAGCGUGCUCUUGGGCCUGCCACAAACACAACGGACUUGUGUCACACAAGCCAUGGGGCUUCGCUGGUGGAUGCAGAGGUGCAGCUGCUGGACGAUGGCGAAAUGGAGGAUGAGGACUUGGAUGAGGUGUAUGAGCAGUUGGAUGGGAAAAAUCAUACAUUCGAAACUAUUAUACUGGAUGAUGAGCAGGAGCAGGAUUUUUUAAAGGAACAGCAGCAGCAGCAACAGCUCAUCGACGAGGAUCUCGCGCAAAGCGACACACAGGACCCGCAGGAUGAGUACUUCGAUGAGCAACUGCUGCAGGAGCAGGAUGACGAUGGGGUGGUCAAGCAUGAGGAGGAUGAUGAAGAUAAUUUCAUUAUUGAAGAAAUACAGCUAGACGAUGAGGGCAUGCUGGAUGCAGACGAUGCUGACAUGGAUGAUGAGCAGCUGACGCCUGUGGAGGAUUGCGAGUAUAUGACCGAUGAGCAGGAGCACGGUGUGCUCGAUGAUGACCUGCAGUAUGCUAUAAUGGAACCAAACGAUGACGAUGUUAGCCCCAGCGACAUAGAGCAAGCUUUCAUAGAUGUGGAUGCACAACAGCAGCUGCAGGAUCUACACGAUCAACAGCAGCAGCAGCAACAACAGGCUGUGGAACUGCAGGGCAUCUCACUCAGCAAUGCUGUGGUGGAGUUCAGCCAAGAGGCGCUAGUGGCACCCACGCUGCAUGUCAGCAGCUCACCCAGUGACACGCCUACGCCGCCCAAACGCGCAAGACGCAACAAUCAGCACCAGCAGCAGCAACAACAGCAGGAGCAGCAACAGCAUGAACAGCAGCUGCUGGUUGAGACGCCCUGUGAUCAUCAGCCCACGAACUCUUCUAUAAACAGCAAAUUAGCUGCGGCAAACUCUCGGCAAUUGGUGCAAACAGCUUCUGUGAUUGCAGCCGCUGGCGCUGAUAUAAACUAUGAAAUUGAUGCCAAUUUGGUAACCGAAUUUAUAAGGCAGCAUACGUCUCCCCUGGGCUCCGGACGCUACAUUUGCCACUUGUGCAACACGGAGUUCAGGCAAUUCAAGGGCUUGCAACUGCACAUGCACUCGCAUGCCAACUGGAUACGCGCCAAUUGCAAAAAGCAGCCGCAGUGUGAGAUUUGCCUGAAGAGCUUCAAGGGUCCGGGCAUGUUGCGCAUGCAUAUGAAGACGCAUGACGCCGAAUCGAAUACGCCAGUGUGCAACAUUUGCAAUCGCACAUUCAAGUCCAAGGCCAUACUGUAUAGACAUAGGCAGACGCAUCAGUUGCGCGCCUAUUGCUGUGGCGUCACCAAUUGCCGCAAGAACUUCUCCAAUGCCGCCAAUCUGCGCUGGCAUGUGGAGCGCAAGCAUCCGGAAUGCGUCGAGCCCUACUAUAAGUGCGGAGAAUGCGCCACGCUCUACGUGAACAUUGACGACCUGCAGCAGCAUGUGGAGAACACGGAUCACGGCAACACGCCCAGUCCGAGCAACAGUGUGGAGCAAACUAUAUCAACAAUUAGCAGCGGCGCGGGCAGCAAUGCGUCUGCCUCUGCUUUCAGCGGCGCCGUCAGCAUCGUCAGCAACGGCAAUGAGAUCAACAAUAUUAUUACAGCGCCCACGGGCUCCAGCGAUACGCACGCCGUGGUCGUUGGCUCCACGGGUGAAAUGUACUUUGUAACGCAGGCGUAGCCAGGGCAGUUCGCCGAUUUAGGCGAGGCAUGUAGUUUAGUUAACUAGGCUAAUAAUCGAUAGGUAUAUUUUGUAUAUAUACAUAUAUUUUUGUACUACAUACUUACGAAUUAAUUAUACAUAUUUUAGAUUUGCAAUCCCUAGUUUUAGUGGCCAACGUAGAUUGUUCAUAGUCUUAACGGAUCGGUUCGGAUCGUAUCAUACCGAUUGUAUUCUCGAAUUUCGUGUCGAGCGAAUUUUUGUAACAUAGUUAAGUAAAGUUUUAUAAUUAGCAACGAAAAUCAAUUUUUGUACAUAUGAAGAGCUAAAAUUAAUGGCUGUUAAGCUUUAAGUAAAUUUAUAACGAACAACAAUUAUUACAUUAUUUGAUUAUUGUUUAUAAUGAUGGCUAUGGCAAGCUUGAAGUUUAUACCCAGUGGCGGUCUUAUGUUUAAACAAAAAGAAAACUACACUUGCGCUAUUUUAGUUUCGGCUUAGUUUUUAUUGUUGGGCAUUAAUUAAUACUAAAUGUUUGUUUUCUCCUAAACGCAAAUAAAAAUCUAAAU